UUUGGAGAAGUCCUUCAUCCAGACUUUACCCACUCCUCAGACCGAAGUGCACCGCUGUCUCGGGACACAAAUCUGUUCACUAUGGAGAUGCUGCCACUGCCUCUUUUCGUCAUCCUGCUCUUUUGUCCUGCUUGUUUUUCAGUGACAGUCAGCAGCAGUAAACCCAGUGUAGAGGUGCAUGAGCACACUGAUGCUGUGCUGUCCUGUGAGUUCAGGACAGAGAAGGACCAGAACCCUCGCAUUGAGUGGAAGAAAAAAGGAAAAGGCGUCACAUUUGUGUACUUCAACAAUAAGUUUACCAAUUCUUAUGCAUCACGGGCAAAGAUUGAGGGUGCCACUCUCACCAUCCACUCCGUGACUCAGAAGGACUCGGGGGACUACCGCUGUGAGGUCACUGCCAGUGAGGACCAUGUGAACCUCGGGGAGGCUACAGUCAGCCUCAAUGUUUUAGUGCCUCCUCAUAUCCCAUCCUGUGAAGUGCCCAGUCCAGUGUUUGUGGGCUCCAGCCUGGAGCUCCUGUGUAAGGACAAGCUGAGCGUGCCUCCUGCCACUUACCGCUGGUACAAGGACAACAGGGGCCUGACAGCUACACAGGACACCCCUUACAACAUAGACCCCAGCAAAGGCACACUGAAGUUUAAAAGUGUCUCCAAACUCGACGCAGGGAUGUAUCGCUGUGAGUCCUCCAACAAUGCAGGGGCGCCCAAGAGCUGUGUGGCACAACAACUCAAAAUAAUUGACUAUCCGUUGAACCUGAGCAUCCUGAUCGCAGGGGCCGCUGGUCUGGUGGCUCUGUUUAUCUUCUGUUGUGUGUGCGUGUGCCUGUGUCGCCGCAGAGGAUGUUGUGGAAAAAAUAAGAAAACAAAAAGCCCGUCCCCGUACAGCCCCCCUCCUCCUCCCACCCGCAACCUCAAGACAUACAAGCCGACUCAGUCUUUUAUGAUCUGAAAAACGACCCCUGGAUGUCAGAUGGACACUUUGUGAGAGCCGCACUGAAAACUUUGUCUCAUAAGAGUGGAUUGGUGGAUUUGGAAAGCAAGAUUUUUAAAUUGUACUUUACAAUGUAUGUGUUGACUGUGUUACCUUAUGAAGUGUGUCUGUAUAUAAUCUAUUUUCUAGUUAUUUUCUUAUACUUGAUUGUGGUGUUUUUAAGCUCUUUACUGUUCUCUUCACAGAUAAACUGUUUCUGCCCUUACCAAUGAAACAUUCUUCUCUUGUAAUUAUGAUUUAUUUAUAUUCUCAUUCCACUAUUGAGCUAUGAAGAACAAACUUUUUAUCAGGUAUCUGUAAAAGGGCAUUUAAAGUUAGGGCAGUUAUUACGCUCCACCUAACAGUGAAUAAGACCUUUUAUGUUGUUAAAGUUUUAUAUAUUUUUACACACCUGCCAUUGCUUUAAUAUGUUUGUUUUAGACACAACAAUUUUGGAUUAUGUAAAUUUGACUCAUUUUCAGUAAAAGAAAAUUGAACAGGUGUCUUCACACUGAAUGUUGCUGAGCCGAAACUUCAAUAAAAU